AUGUGAAAGCUUGUGAGAAAAGAGUAUUUCGUAGUCAGAUAAUAACAGAUUAACUGCGCAUGAUUACCUGGCAUACAUCCCACAAAAUGGACGACAACAAAUCAUUUUUUGUUACAUUCACGAUAGUUAUGUUUAAAUGGUGAGCUUACAGAAGAAAAAGAGCGAUGACGUUUUAAAAUAAAAAGAUUGUCAAACAAGGAAGUUAUUGAUGUAAUUAUAUAAGAACGUCACUAUGAAGUGUUUUCCUUUGACCUAUGAAGAUGUUCACAAGUAGAUAUAAGUGAUACUACAAGUUCUGUUCCGUACAAUGUUACAUGACUAAUUAAAAAACAAAAAUGGUGACAACUUGAAGCAAGAAGUUUUUGACAGAUGGACGGUCGUCGGGUUGCUGAUUACUUUGUCGUAGCAGGGCUACCGGACAACCCGCUGCCUCUAGAGGAAUUUUCAAAUGAGGCUGCGAUUAAGUCUACUUAUAAGCAAGAUCCUAUAACAGAUAUCAGUGUGAUAAACAAAUCACUUGGUGAACGUAUACCACGUGGAUACCAAUGUCUAGACAAAACACCUAAUGAAUAUCCGGCAGAUUUGAACCAUGGUAGUAUACGUGGGAGUGAGAUGUACAUAUGUUAUAGGCGUAGCAGGGAUAAGCCGCCUCUUACUGAUGUCGGCGUAUUGUAUGAGGGUAAGGAACGAUUAAUGUCGGGAUGUGAAGUUAUACAUACAACAUACUUCGGUACACCAGCAAACGUUAACAACAGUAAUAAUGGGAGGACGUAUAUUACAUACAGAAGGGCGGCAGAGAAUGCCCCUAGUGAUAUGCUAGCAGUAGUUGAUCUCUGUAUUAUCAUAGAGAACAAGGGUGAGAGUCCUCCUCAUUCAUACUGCCAGAUUAGUAAGAAUCUAAACAGAGGCCUGGUUGGUUCUGAUGUUUUCCUGUGUUACAAGAAGGCAAUGACAAAAAUUGAUAUAUUAGCCUACAAGCCAGCUAUUUUGGAUCGUUAUCCAAAAGAAGACUACCCAGAAUUUCCUCUACCUGAGUCAGUAGCAAUGUUUUGUUUACCUAUGGGUGCCUCCAUAGAGUGCUGGUCUGCGAAGGCUCAGCACCCUUACCCUGUCUUCUCUACAUUCAUACUUACUGGAAUAGGAUGGAAUAAGGUAUAUGGAGCAGCUAUCACAUUUUAUGAGGAGUUUCCGGAAGAGAAGCUUACAGAUUUACAGAUGCGUCACCUUGGCUUGAAAAACAAACAUAUCCGUGAACAGUACCGUAUCAUGAAGACUGUACAUUCCAAUAAGAGCAUAUGUCUACUGUCACAUUGGCCUUUCUUUGAUGCUUUUAAAAAAUUGCUCAGCUAUCUAUAUAGAAUAUCUAUCACUGGAUCUCAUAUUGUUCCAAUAGAAAGACAUAUAUCACAUUUCAUGUAUGAUGUUCCUUAUCCAUCUCCCCAAAGGCCUAGAAUUCUUGUUCAGUUGAGUCAUGAUUCAAUAUCUCUGUCUAUGCCUGAAGACUCGCCUCUCCCACAAAGUGGUGCUUCAUUUGUAACGAUGUUAAGAAAUCUGGGUCCAGAGAACUGUAUGACAAUAUUGCUGUAUGUUCUAAAUGAACACAAGAUUUUAAUACAUUCACUCAGACCUGCUGUCCUAACUAGUGUUGCUGAGGCAGUCUCUACUUUAAUAUUCCCUCUACAGUGGCAGUGUCCGUACAUUCCUUUAUGUCCUCUCGGUCUAUCAGAUGUUCUUAAUGCUCCUACACCAUAUAUCAUAGGUUUAGACUCGAGAUAUUUUGACUUGUUUGAUCCCCCACCAGAUGUGAUAUGUAUAGAUCUAGAUACAAUCAGGAUCUGGCCGCCAGAUGACAAAAAGAAUAUCUCAUACAAACUGCUGCCAAAGAAAGCUACGAAAGUGUUGCAGGAGUCACUUCAUAAACUGUAUGAUAGACUGAAUGAAGAAUUACCUCGACAAGGUCAUGAUGAUGUCACCCUUGAUAUUGCUCCCAUUGAUCAAGAUUUUAAAAGAAAACAUAAAGAAAUGAUGAUGGAGUUACAGAUACAGGAGUCAUUCCUGAGGUUUAUGGCUUGUAUAUUGAAAGGUUAUAAAAACUACCUCAAGCCCAUAGAGAAUGCACCAGAUCUUGACACAACAAAUGCUGCUUCCCUCUUUGACAUGACAGGGUUUUUAAAGAGUAGGGAGAAAGCAAACCAAAAGUUUUUCCAGACAUUAUUGAGGACACAACUAUUUAACAGAUUUAUAGAGGAGAGAUCAUUUGUCUCGGACAAAGAUGACAGUCUAGCUUUCUUUGAUGAGUGUACAGAAAAGGUUGACGAAACAAAAGAUGAACCCAAAUUAAUCGAAUUGGAUGAUUCUUCUAAAAGUGAAAGAACAAUGUUCAUUUUACCUCCAGAGCCUGUAGGCUUGCCAGAAGGGAAAGCAUACAACUAUAAUGGAUUUCCCAACUUGAACCCUGACCUUUUCUUGGAGAAGAAUAAACCUGACAGAUCAUCAGCAAAGGUUAAAGGUCAGACAAUACAGCACAGUCCAGUUGCUAGGAGAACAAAACAGGAGAUUAAGACAGCUCAGAAACUUGCCCAGCAAUAUAUCACACAGCCUCCACUAUGGGCAAAAUGUCUUCUUAGUCACUGUUACAGUUUAUGGUUUAUGGUACUGCCCGCAUUUAUCAAGAAAAGUUCAUCUGUUACCAAAGCACUAGCAUUGGCCUAUGAGGUCUUGAAAAAUAUGCAGAGACAGAAGUUAAAACCCCCAGACGAGUUGUGUUAUCGGGUGAUGUUACAGUUAUGUGGUCAGUAUAACCAACCUGUCCUGGCUGUUAAAGUUUACUCUGAGAUGAAACAUGCUGGUGUUCAACCAAAUGCCAUUACCUAUGGUUAUUACAAUAAGGCUGUACUAGAAGGUAAAUGGCCGUCAAGUGUCAGUAAAGGGAGACUACUGUGGAGAAAAGUGAGAAAUGUAAUCAUUGGUGUAGCCAAGUUCAGGAAGGCUAUACGACGACGAAGUUUAUCUGCAUAUUCUAACUCUGGAAGCGAGUACGAUCAAAUUAGUCGAACAAGUUUUGACAGUUUCCUUGAGGAUGAGAAAACUGAUGUUAAACAUGAGUCUAUCAUGAAGCAUGAUAGUCAUACAGGACGGGUGGAGAAAGUUAUGGAGGAGAUAGAAAGUACAGAGAGCGCUCCUCCAAGUCAUCCGUCGUUUAUGUCUCAGAUAGACCGUCUUUGUGAGGCCGAGCGCCACAGUGUGCACGUGCAAUUCUGUGAACCGGAGACAAAGGAAAUUGCUAUAGAAGCGGAGAUAAGCAGUUGUUCCCGAUGUGUACGUUGUAGGUGCCUGUUGUAUGAUGAAGAGAUCAUGGCAGGUUGGAGUGCUGAUGAUUCUAAUUUAAAUACAAGUUGCCAGUUCUGUAAUGCAAAGAUGGUUCCCCAUUUACUCAUUUAUAUUAAGGACCAUCGCGGAAAGACAAGAACAAAAGUGUCAGAUAAUGAUACAGAGGAUGGUCUUAUACAGUUUGAUGACAAUCCUGCCAUCUCUCAUUCACAAAUGGAGUGCUCGUACGGAAAAGACAGUAAUAUUUGUCCAUCCACCGAGCCACAGUUAAUGUUUAAUGAUGAUAUAGAUGAUGACAGUCCAGUGAAGAGUCCUGCAUCACUUCAUGACCCUUGGAUGCGCCAGUCCACACACAUUCCAUCAGAACCAACUGAUAUUCCAUCUAAAUCAGUGUCACAUGAUUCACCAAAUCUGUCAGAUAUGGCACGGUUAGGUCAUAGACGUACAGGAAGUGAGUGUCUCACAAGCGCAACAGAGUUCAUGUUUAGUUCCUCAAUAGACUCUGUGGAGAGUUUAACAUUCCGUAACUUCAGAUCUCCGCUCAGUAUUUCUAUAGAUUCUGAGUCACUGUCGGGGCAUCCUUCACUUUCACCAGAGGCCAGAAGAGCUGCUAAGAAUGGUGUGAUAUCUUCAAUGGAGCCUGUUUCUGUACCAUAUUUGAGUCCCCUCGUGUUGAGGAAGAAUCUGGAAAGUAUCAUGGAGAGCGAGGGAAAUACUGCCCUCACCUUGGACACCUUUGUUGAUGAACACCCUAUCAUCUUUUGGAAUCUGGUAUGGUACUUCAAAAGAAUAUCAGCAACAAGUCAUUUACCGGGCCUCUUGUUGACAGCAAAAUCGUUCAACUCAUCUGGAGUGCAGGACAAUGGUGACCACGGUAGUGAUAACGUGGUGAUACGACCAAUGUGGGACAACCCACGUAUACACCAGGAGGUCGGACUUCCCAUGCAUAUGGCAUGGAAUAAAUGUCGAAGUUCAACAACAGUGGAUGCUUUGCUGACAGAAGCUCAACCAUUCAACAGAGCGGUUUUGCAUCAGAUCAUAACAAACAUACAGUGUAAUGAUGUUCUAAGUCCUAUAAAAAUGGUGAUGAAUGGUAGACGAAGAUUACGACCAAGACGAAAACGAUUCCGCAGUCUAUACAGGGAAAUACUGUUUCUUGCAUUCAUAGCCUGUGGAAGGGAAAACAUAGACAAUGAUGCCUUUGAUAGAGAAUAUAAGAUGGCAUUUUCACGUUUAUCACCGGGAGAAAUGAAAAGAUUGCAACGGGAUGAUAAACCAAGGACUGCUUCAGUCCAGUGUUGUAGAAGAGUUUUCCUAGAGCUCUUGUUAUGAAAUUACCAAAAUCAAUCAAACUGGCAAUAUUGACUUGAUAAUAACCAGGUUAAGAUAAGCAGAGUUGAAAUCCUAAAGUAUCAACCAUGUAUAUGUUACAAAAAUAUAUGCUGUGUAGUUAUGUUACACAAAUAUAUGCUGUGUAGUUAUGUUACACAAAUAUAUGCUGUGUAGUUAUGAUACACAAGCAUGAAUACAUAUUAAUAUGUGUAGAUAUGACAUAAAUGAUGUGAAGAUAUACUACACGUGUAUGACAGCUUACAGUAUGUUGUAUAGUUUUUACUACACAAACAUGAUUGAAUAUAUUAAGACAUUUUGAUCAUGGCAGAGAAAGAUUUAUUUAACUGAGAAAGAGGAAAAAUUACUCAGGAGUAAAGAUAUUAUGUGAAGAAUUAUUUGACUUUGAGGAUUUUUUUGUUCCAACAGGAAUUGUUUAAUGUUUGCUGUUAAGGGUAUAUAUGUUUUGUGUUUAUGUAAUGGAUCUAAUUUGUUAUGUGUAUCUGGGUACAAGAUAAAUUAACUUGUAUAGUUAAUACAGAACAAUAGAUUGGUUUAUUUAUUUCCUUGCUGUUUGCUGAUACAUUACCUAUAAAGUCCAUGUCAUAUCUCGUAUAAUUGUUCAUAAAGAUAUGUUAGUUAAUUUAUAUAUACAAUGUACACAUAUUGCUUUGCUUUAAAUGUUAAGAAACGGUUUUAGAUAGGAUAAAAUGGUAUUGUUAACGAUAAAGUGCAUGAAACAUUAAUAUAUUGGUGCAAAUCCACUAUUUUAAUGAUCUCACUUUAAGGAAAUUAUUGACUGAUGAUGUUAUAAAUUGAUAGACUAGACUUGGUUUAAAUUGUUAUAUUUGUCAUUGUUUUACAGUGUGGGUUUUUUCUGUUUUCUAUUUUUGUUCAGGUUUUGUGAAAUUAACUUCAUAUUUAGUAACAAGAUAUUUAUUGAAGUAAUAAAAUGUUUCAAGCAAGAAGCAUUGUAUUGUUAUUUUCAUAAAUUGUGUAAAUAUUUGUGGAACAUGAACAAAUUGGAAUUCUGUUUAAACUUGUAUUAUAAAUCGUUCAGCUUGGUAUAUGAUAAGAACAUGACACAGAAUAGUUGGUUCAUAAAAUGUGCGGUUAGCUCAAUAGGUAGAGCGUUUGACUGUGAAUCGGGCAACUCUGGUUCAAUUCCCAGAUGGUGCAGGACAAUUUCAUUGUGAUUGAUAAUGAAGUCCUUACUACGGUCAUUCACACUGUACAUCUGCUCUGGCAUUUAAAGAAGUUAUCAGUUCCUUGCGAAAGUGAAGACAACUAGAACUGGUACUCUAGACUGCUUGGCAGCCUGCCCAGGAACGAUGCCGUGUCUGAACUUAGCUCUGGUGAGUUCAAUGUGGCUUACUGCCAUGCUCCGAGAUACGGAGGGUAAACUACCAACACCUCCACAUAUAGUUGAUUCUGUGACUGUUUUAUUUGUUGUGUUGAUGAUUAACGUGAUGUCAUUUGAAAUGUUUUAUGUGAAUACAUUUGCAUUGAUACUCUAUGUACUUAUUUUUGUGUGUUUUUGUUUUGUGUAAAUAUACAUGUAUAUAUUGUGUGUAACCUGCUGGUUAUAUAAAGUUAACAUUAAGUUGUGUUAAUAGAAUAUUUAAGUGCAAUAUAACUACAUUAAAGUUACUACAGCUUGUUCUUGCGUACAGGUGGAGAUAUUUAAUUGUUAAAGUCACUGAUGCAUGACUACAUAGAAAUAUUUAUUAAAAUCGCUAACACAUUUAGACAGAAUUAAUUGAAUUUAAUUGUAAAAACCUCUUACAUGUGCACAGAUAAUGAUUAAUAUCAACAUUUAAUAUCUUUCUCAUGUGUUAAGAUUUCACUAUUAAUGUUGGGUACAACCGCAUGUAAAGUAGAUUUUAGGCAAUGUAUGGAAUUACCAAAGAUACAAAAAAAAGUCCAAAAUCAAGUUAAACUCUUCAUGAUAAACAUAGAAAGGAAGAUGUUUGGCAUUUAAUGUUAAUAUAUUAAUAGCAAAUUUUUUACAUAUAAAAUGCAUUUUGUCACAUAAAUUUCAACUAUGAAAAUUCACCGCUCUACCAAAAGACAGUCACUUUGGUUGUGGAGUUCCAAAUGCCUUCAAUUCCUAAUAAAAUGUAUAAUUAUAUAUACACAUUAUAGAUAUUGAAAUAUGAUUUAUUUUCAAAACAGUUAAAUUAAGGUUUUACACAUAUUCUAUAUAAUAAUUUAACCACUGAUGUGUAAUUCUUUCCUUAAAUGACAGUUUAUUUAAAAGAAAAUGUUUAUUUUGGUAUAUCUCGGUAGAGCUUAGGGAUUGUAUUUUUGUUGUUGUCCCCCUCCCCCCCCAGAGUAUCAAGUCAUCUUUUGGUAUCUGUCAGGUCAGUAUUUCUGUAUCUUUUGGUAGUUCCAUACACCUGAUAUCAGAUGCAAAAUUUAAGUUAUAUAGAAUGUUGAAAUAACUGUCAAUGUUGAAUGUAGAGAUAUAAUUGUUGAUUUCAAUUUAAUUUUAUGUAGCAAUGGUUCUUGGGGCUUUUUGUUUCACUCCUUGAAUUUAAAACCUAGGAAUAGUCAGUUGCUUUGAACAGUGAGAAUAUCAAAUGUAAAUAAAGUCUAGUUGGGCUGAUUUUUGUUUACGUUUGUUUGGUUUUAUUUUUGUUUUUGUUUAAUAUUGCUAUCAAUGUGUAAUAACAGUAUGUUUGUACAAAUAUAUUAUCUUUAAGGUUUUGCUAAUGAAUUAAUAACAUUCCAUAAACAAUAAAACCAGUAACAUAUGUUUUAAUGUUUACCGGUACAGCUUUAUCAGCUGGCAGGGAGGCAUCAGAAAUUUGUAUUAUAUUAAAGGAGCUCCUCUGAUGUCAACUAGCCUAAAACACAUAAAUUUGAAAAUAUUACAGAGAUCAGGUUAGGCACUUGUAAAUGAAAAAUAAUAAUUAGAAAUUGAUUUUCAGUGCACUUCUUAGCUCAAUUAAGAGUUAAAAGUAUUUAAAGACUUCUCAUUUUUAGAUUAAUUUUCACAAUUAUAAAAGAUAAAUGGAAAAUAGAUUGAGCAAAUGAAGUGAAAUUUUGCACACAUGUUACUGGUAUAAAACUUCAUCAAAUGGUGAAGAAUGUCCAGUCCUAUCACAUCAGAAAAAUCUCAGUGAAGUCCCUUUAAUUGAUACCAGUUUUUCCCAACUGCACUGUAACAUAGACAAUAAAUUUUGCUUCUUUUGCUACAUCUUUUGUAUUUAAAUAUAUCACAUCCUGACUUUUGAUUUUAUGCAUGUAAUUUUGACCUUAUUUUGUUCACAAUAGUUCACAGUAUUCAGUCAGUACCCUGCUAGAAUCAAUCAUUAUAAGAUUUUGCUAUCAGUACCUGUAUAAAACAAGGGCAGUUGACCAGGAACUAUACUGUUGGUUGACCAGUUCAAAUUAUCAUCUUGAUAUAUCCCUAAUAUUGAUAUUUGACAGUUUCAAAAAAAUAUAAGCUGGACAAGUCAAUUUAAAGAUAUUCAGCAAGUUAAGUGUUAAUAGGGAGCUUACUAAAGUCAAGGUUUGAGACUAUAUGUAUUUCCAUCCUUCAACAUAUAUAAUUAUAAUCUAUGUAUACUUUACAUGAAAUUGUGACUUAAGAUAUUUUUACUAAAACUUAACUGUCAGUAUACAAUCUGGUCUAAUUGUCUAGAUGGCCGGGCUGGCAGUAUCAUAACUAGCUUUAAAAGUGUUAAAUUUUAAUUAAAUUUUUGUAUAAAAUUUGUGUGUGUCUCUUGUUUAAUAAGGUUUUUUUCAGAUGAGGGUGCUUAAAUUUAGUUUUUCUCCAAACUAAGGAAAAUAAAAAGAAGCUUAAGUGAUAAUUAAUUAUUAAAUGGUACUUCAAGUUUAUGUUUGGCCUAAUGCUGUACCUUUUUUCUGUUAUGAUAUUUAGAAGUUAUGUACAUGUUUUGUAUGUUGAUUUGGUUGUGAAGUGCAAACUAACUUACACUGUCCAUUACAAUAUAUUUAACAUUAAUAUUUAAUAAUUAUUACUCCCACAAAAAAAAUAUCGAGAUUUAAAGUAAUUAAUAUUUAGAACACAAGAUUUAAAAUAACUAAGAAGGAAAGAAUGGAUGGUGAAAUGAUGCAACAGUGCGGUGUUUUAAUGAAGUUUUCAAUUAUUGUUAGCUUAUAUUAUACUCAAAAAGUGUUCAUUUAUUAUACAUGCACAUGUUAUACUAGGGCCUAAAAUAUAUGUAAUAUUCUCUGUAUCAAGUUAAGAUAUAUGUAUAUAUACUGUAUUGCUUCACCUCUAAGAGUCCUUACAGGUGUAAAAUACUGUGAAUGUAAGCACCUGUUAGUCUCUUCUUUGAAUAAAAUGAAAGACUGAUAACAAAAUGUAUGUUUCUACAUUGUUUCUUCUCAUUUCAUAACUCCUACCAAAAUGUGAAAGGAUUAUUGUUGCGCAGCCAACAAUACAUGAUGUUCUUUAUUACUCCCAAUACUGGUUUUUCACUGGAAGAGGUAUAGGUUUACCCUUCAUUUGUCCAUCUGUCAUUCGUUCAUCUGAAGAAAUGUGGAUUCAGUGGAAACUCAAAAAGUACCAAAAGUUUGGUUGAUAAAUACUUAUUAUCUGGAUAAAGGACCAUUUCACAUGGCAUUUUUUUUCCAUUAUUGUGGUCACUAUAGUUAGGGAAAUGACAAUGACUAAGGAAAGCUAAAAAGAAAAAAACUGGAGAUAUUGUGAUAACUAAAUACCAUAGAGAACCAUAUAUAGAUUGUGCUCGUCUGUUUCCACUGAUAAAGUCAAGCUAUUAUGAUUGAUGUGUUGUUGUUGUUGUCAUCAUUGUCGUUGCGCCAAAAACUUUUUAUGUAGCCCAUUAUUCAAACAUUUUUAAAGUUAUCAACAUGAAACUGAAUACAUGCUGAUCAUGAAAUGGUGCAAUUGUAAGAUUUCGGUAUUAAACAAAGAAAUGUGAAAAUUUUUUACAGUUGGUUCCCUUCAUUUCAAAAUUAUUUCCAUUUCUUAAAAAGGCAUGGUUCCUUCCAGUUAUGUGCCGAUCAGAAAAAAAUCAGACAAAUUCUUUACACUUAGUUUCCAUAAACAUGUAUACUAGUAUGUAGUUCAGACAAACAUUAUACCUGUAUGGGACUACUACAGUGUCUGUGACAAGUAAUUCAGUCUAACUAAACAUGAAUGAUAAUUGUACAUAUAAUGCUUGCCAUGCUUAAUUUUUGACCUGGAAUUUGAAAUACUCUAGCCAGUGCUUAAAAAUUGUUGAGUGAGGUUAAACAGAAAACUAAUAAAUCCGACACUCCUGAUACAGUUGGUGUUUUUAUUCUCAGAUAUGAUAAUUAUGGGAGUAAGCUUGGUUGAUAAAACUUGUUAUCUAGUUAGGGAAAUGACAAUAACUAUUGAAAACUGAAAAAAAACUUAAUCCUGCGAUAACUUAAACAAAGUAACAUAGAGAACCAUAUACAUAUUGUGCAUGUCAUGAGUUCUUCUGUUUCAACUGAUAAAGUUGGGCUAUUAUGAUUGCUGUGUUGUUGUUGUUGUUGUUGUUGUUGUCAUUAGUGUUGUUUUUCACCUGGAAUUUGAAAUAUUCUAGAAUCUGAGCCCAGUGCUAAAAAGUCGUUGACUGAGGUUAAACAGAAAACUAAUAAAUCAGACACUCCUGAUACUGUUGGUGUUUUUAAAUCAUUAACAUGUCUAUCAGUUAUGAUAGUUAUGGAAGUGAGUAUUUCAUCUUAGUUUUAAUAAAGAAAAAUGAAAUAGAAGAAGUAAUUAAAAAAAAAAUGUUGGUUUUAUAAAAAUGAUAAAACUUCAAUCAAUGAAGCAACAGAUUGGGUAACAGGACAACCUUGUCCCAAGGUGAUACACUAAGAGGGUCUUCAGAGCUAAAAAUAGAAAAAAGUGUUUAUGUGACAUUUUAUCCUUAACCAGCCGAUACAUUCUGAUUAAACUGUAUAGAAACAAUCAUUGGGUAAAGUAAGGUACAAUUGCGACAUUUGUACCGGAGUCCUGAAUAAAAUGGCUGCCAGUGCUAAAAAUAGAUAAAUGUUAGUCUCAAAAUAAAGAACAAGUGUGAUACAGAUUGACUCAUUUAUAUCAAUAAGAAAGCACUGGACAGAUACUACAAUGAUUUGUAAAGUAAAUAAUUUUUUAAAAAGAAAAGAAUAAUUAUUGAUUAGAUACAUAUCUAUAGCCAUACAAAUAUCCAGUACCUGGGAAGUCAACAGAAAAAAAACACGUACUUGUUCUAAAAGAUAACAAAACAUGUUUGGUUUUUCUCACCUUUUAUUCAACAUUUUUUUUGUUUAACAUAAUUAUCACUGUUGAUUUUUCUUUAAGUUUGAACUGAAAUUAAAUGUUUAACAAAAUAAUGUUGCAUUAACCAAUUUUUAGGCCACAUUAACCAAUCUUGGGGAUUGAUUGACUAAUUUUGAAUAUUGUUUUAGGGCAGGAACCACCAGUUGUGAGGCCUCUACAAUGAUUUUUUCACAGGUAGGAAUAUAAAUAACCUUUAGACAGCUUUAAUACUUAGCAAGAUCCUUCAUUUGGCAUCUGUAAUGACUCUUAGAGCUGAGCUGUUUCAACAGUUAUAUCAUUUACUAACCAUGUUAUUGUUGUGUAUUUUGAAUAAUGUAAAAAGUUGUUAAUUUGCAGGCUAGUUGAAAAGUAGAAAGUCUAGUACUAGAGUCUGACUUUUUUUGCCAGUGGUAAUUAUAGUUAUAAAACAUUUAUCAAUAAAAAAAGGUAUACAAAAGUAACAAUAUACAUUUCUUUGGUACUUACAUGCUAGUACAUUGUAAUAAACCAGCCAUGUAAACUUUUCUGGCUUUCCCUGGAAAACAAGGAUACAAACUUAUAUAUUGGAAAAUUAAAGACACAUUAGAUGGCUUGAUAUUUUUUACUUUCAAGAAAACUUUAGUUAACCUAUUUUUACAAGAUAGAUACAUUAAAUUGCAUGUAUAACUACAAUAUUCAUUUCUCCCCAACUGUCCCCUCUUUUUAAAAUUACACAUGUAUUCUUGAAACAUUGAGAUAAUAAUAAUCUACCCCACAAAGUUUUUAACCUCCUUAAAACCUUUGAGGAGUAGAUAAUUGUCACCUCUUUAUCACCUCUUUUUGCAUGUUGAAUUUUUGUUAGGUAAGUUGGAUUUAUUCACAGAUAUAUUGGUAACAAUGGCUUAUCAUAUUUAAUAAAAACAUUAUCCCAGCAACUUUCCUAAAUAUGGUAUUAUAUCUUUGUUUCGUCAAAAGUUACAUAAUUAGGCUUCUGUUUUUUGCCAGUAAUCUCCCCUUUAUAUAAUAGGUAUGGCCUGGGACAGAAAGUUACAACUUUAGUCCCAGGUAUGGCCUAGCUAUUUUAGUAAGGUUGGUACUUUUGUUCUGCUAUCAGUACAUUCAUAUACAGUAUAUAUAAAGAGUAAAUCUUAUAGUCUGACUCUGGUAUUAGAUUUAUUACUGUAUGACAUUGUUACUGGAAGCUUGUUUCAUUAAAUAUAUAUAUAAAUGUAUAUUCUGCUAUGAUAAGAAAUAAAGAUUUUAAAAUUG